CAAAAACACCACCGCACAGCCUUUGAGCCGACCUUGAUUCUCUGCUUUGCGAGCAUUGCAUUGUCGCUCGUUCUUCUCUACGCUCACUACCCAUCAUACUAGUUAUCUUCUGACUUCUGACUUCUGACUUCUUGCUCCUCUUCUUCAACCCCCCCUUUUUUUACCACAUCAGCAUCGUCGCAAACAUUCACCAUGAAGGGACUUAUUCUUGUCGGUGGCUUUGGCACUCGCCUUCGCCCUCUCACCCUGACGCUCCCCAAGCCUCUCGUUGAGUUCUGCAACAAGCCCAUGAUUGUGCACCAGAUCGAGGCUCUCGUCGCCGCUGGCGUUACCGACAUCGUCCUCGCCGUCAACUACCGCCCGGAGAUCAUGGAAAAGUUCCUGGCUGAGUACGAGGCGAAAUACAACAUCAACAUUGAGUUUUCUGUCGAGUCGGAGCCCCUCGACACCGGCGGCCCUCUCAAGCUUGCUGAGAGCAUCCUUGCCAAGGACGACUCCCCCUUCUUCGUCCUCAACUCCGACGUCAUCUGCGACUAUCCCUUCAAGGAGCUCCUCGCAUACCACAAGAGCCACGGCGAUGAGGGUACCAUCGUGGUCACCAAGGUGGAGGAGCCUUCCAAGUACGGUGUUGUUGUCCACAAGCCCAACCACCCAUCUCGCAUCGACCGUUUCGUCGAGAAGCCCGUCGAGUUCGUCGGCAACCGUAUCAAUGCCGGCAUGUACAUCUUCAACACCUCCGUCCUGAACCGUAUUGAGCUUCGCCCUACGUCGAUCGAGAAGGAGACCUUCCCCGCCAUGGUUGCCGACAACCAGCUGCACUCUUUCGACCUUGAGGGCUUCUGGAUGGAUGUUGGUCAGCCCAAGGAUUUCCUUAGCGGCACCUGCCUGUACCUGUCCUCCCUCACCAAGAAGGGCAGCAAGGAGCUCACUCCCCCCACCGAGUCCUACGUGCACGGUGGCAAUGUCCUGAUCCACCCCACUGCCAAGAUCGGAAAGAACUGCAGAAUAGGCCCCAACGUCACCAUUGGCCCAGACGUCGUCGUCGGUGACGGCGUUCGUCUGCAGCGAUGUGUCCUUCUGAGUGCCUCCAAGGUCAAGGACCACGCUUGGGUCAAGUCGACGAUUGUUGGCUGGAACAGCACCGUCGGCCGCUGGGCCCGUCUGGAGAACGUGACUGUUCUCGGUGACGAUGUUACCAUUGGUGACGAGAUCUACGUCAACGGUGGUAGCGUCCUGCCUCACAAGUCCAUCAAGGCCAACGUGGACGUUCCCGCCAUUAUCAUGUGAUUUAAUUCAUCUUUUCACAUCUUCUCGGCUCGCAUGUUAAAGCCAUGCGCUGCUCUUCACAUUGAUUCUUCAUGUUGAUUCAUGGCUUUUUUUUUAAACAACUUUUUCACUUCUAUUUUUUUGAUCUUUUUUUUUUCUGCACCCAUUUACGCCCCCAUACAUUCACCACUCCUCCAAUACUUCUCAAAAGAUACCCUAUCGGUGGGGGGAAACAGUCUUUGAGAGAAAAACAAGCAACAUUUAUAUAAUUACUACUAGUCCUGGCAUCUUUUGCUUUCUUUUUGCAAGAUGUCUGCGCGUUAUGUUGAGCUCCAAGUAUAUCGUUUGGCGUCUCGGGGAACCGGUUGGCAAAGCUUCUUGGAGGGACACGAAGGGAGGAAGGGGCUGGGGCUGAGAAAGAGCUAUGACGGACGAGGAACUGAAAAUUUACAUGUAUGAAAAGAUGAUAGCGUAGCGAAUGAAGUGAAUUUACGCUUGAGCUGCUCAUUUAGCCGU